GUACUACAGUGCAAGUUGAGUCUCGGUCUCCGAAGAAUUUGGGACAUCGGUCUUCUCGAGAAGAGAUUUUUUGAACAGGUCGUACUAAAGAGGUAAUUGAUAUAGCCCUAGCUGGCGGGCAUGAAUGCUGGUACGCGAAGAAAUGCGAACAAACACGAGGUCACAGCUCUGCGUGUUGUAUUCCAGAGCUCGCGCUCAGGUGAAAUUAGUUGUUUACCAUCGCUCGCUUCAAACUAUUCGUACGCGUAAUGGUGUACGUGUGUGUGUGUGUGUGUGUGAAAAAAUGUGCGCAAGACGCUUGACAGUGAAUAUGACUUGAUCACAACACAGCAUUCAACAUGGAGACGGAAAAUUUUGUGACAGUAGUAUCUGUGGGGAGUGAGGUACAACCUCAGCCAGAUUUAAACGGAAUUGGUUAUGUAACGGUGUUAACCAUAGGUGAUGGAGAAAACAAUAAGGACACCACUGAAGAGGUACUAGUGUAUAGACUUCCAGGAGAACGAUUGGGGUUCGGUUUGAAGUUUGAGGGCGGCACCAAAGCCAGUGAGUUCGUUAAGCGUUUGUUCAUACAAAGUUGUGCGCCUGAUAGUCCGGCGUCUCGGGUUAUAAGUUCAUGGGGAAAAUUGACUGAAGGUGAUGAAGUUUUGGAGAUUGAUGGUGUGUUGGUGAACUCUAUGACUCGUAUCGACUGUGUUAGGUGUUUAAAGGACUCCAAUGUUGUUAUAAAGUUGUUGGUACGGCAUUUUAAGCAACCCGUGCAGAAAGCACGGUCCAUAGAAGAUAUACCGUUGGUUAUAAGUGCGGAAAAAAAGAGGAUACCUCCGCCACCCCCUCCUGUACCUCCAAGAAAGAUUCCAAGGAAAUUGUACAAGAAUAUUCAUCAUGAAAAUAAUAAGGAGAAUGUGCAGGAGGUCAAUAAUAACCCUGUGCCAACUUCUAGAAACCUAGAUUCCAACAAAGUUAAGAAAUUUCAAUCUCCCAGAUCCAGUGGGCGCUUAAGUUAUUCCCCUGAUAUUCCCCGAAGAGACAGGCGGUUUUCCGAUGGCAGUUUAGGACCGCCAGAUGCGGAAGUUUACAUUAAUUUAUUAUCGCAAGAAUCCUGCCAAAGUUUAAGCGAGUCAGAUGACACAGCUAGCACUAUAUCGACUGUUAUAGACAGAUUCGGCUCAUUCCCUACCACGACGACGUCCAGUUUUGCUGGCAGUCUGCCAUCAACCCCCACCUCAAUACAAAAACAACUGGAUCUAACCAAUUUGCUGAUCUUUGAGGAUGACGACGUAAUACCAACAAAAAUAACAACAAACGGGAUUCUUAAUAGUGUCGAAAUCGAAAAGGACGGCGUACCUCUUCAGCCACCAUCUUGCUUCCAAGACGCUCCGUUGAGUUAUGGAAACGAGGACAUGCGAACAGAAACCAAAACUAAAACGGUUCAAAAACCUCCUGUUCCGCCCAGAUCGCGGGAUCUGCAAAACUCACAAUCGGAAAAGGAAAAAGAAUUUCAGCACGAUGAAAAUAUGAACAACCUUCCGCGACUAGUGGAUUUCCUACCGAAAUCUUCCACGAAAGAAAACAUUGAAGUCAUUAAACUCUUUCUAGAAAACGAAAGGAUGUAUAAUGAAGAUGACUUUUCUGACAUCGAAGUCUAUGAAACUGAUAUGGAUGUUUACAGCUCGAAAUGGAGUAUAUCCCCGCAACUUACCACCAUUGGAGAAGUCGAGGAGGAAGGCUCGGAACCCAGUUACAAGCAAACCAAUAGCACCCCAAUCGUUAUCGUGGAAAAUGCAGACUCUACCAAAAUAGGACCUGAAGAAAAACAAGAAAAUGCAGAAGAAAACCCUAAAGAUAUAGAUGGAAAUAUGGAUACUCCUCCCAGUGACUCGCGGCAGCCACCAGAUGGACACGAGUUUCCAGACUACGUAGAAUUCCAGCAGCAAAAAACCAUGGCAUCCUUCCCAAAACCGACCAACAAAGUAUACAAAUCAAUUGAAAACAUCAACCUAACCGAAUGUUCCUUAAACUUUGCCAAAUCGAAUAACAAUGGAGAUAUAAUUUUUUCGACUGACGAUAUCAAGUUUACCAGCAAUGAGCCUGCCAAGUUGCACACUAGAUCCCAAAGCUUGAUCGACAUGUCGACUUUUUCUAAAGAGAAGAACGAUAAGUUCAGUAUGAUGAUUGAGCAUAGACGUAAAGGAUUAUCGAAACUGAAAGGCCUAGUGAUACCUGAGAACGUUAACGAGGAAGUAGCACCAAGUGUUAACUUGCCUGAAAUCAAAAGCGUUACUAAUGUAAUUCCGGUUAAACAAGAUGACUUUAGAGUGCCCGAAGUUAAUCAAGUUAGCGAGUUUACCAAACCAAGUCUAACCUCACCACCGUGGGCUUGUCAGACCAGCACUUUCCCGAAAUAUUCGCCUGCGUUUAAGAGAAAAAGCUUGCAAGUUUACACCACAAAGGAAAAAAGCAAACCCAGCAAGUUGGAAGUGGAUGAAAGCCUGUCCGACCCUCCAAAAUCAUUGGAGAGCAUUACAUCCCCCACCAGGUCGGAUUACAGUUUCGAUUACGUGAGUAGCGCCAAAAAAGACGCGCUCAAAAAAGAGUCGAGCAAAGACGACGAAAGCGACAACGAUUCGGCGGUCAGCAGCAGUCAGUCUAGUUACCGGUGCUCUCCACCAGCCUCCCCCACUUGCAACGAUUACGACAAAUCCGAAGAUUUUAACAACCGUCUGCUCAAACCGUCGAGCGUCGAAGCAAUAAACAGAAAAAAUAUCCUUGCUUCGGCCAAAUGUCGAAGCGGCAGAGAUUUGAAAGUCGGCUCUCCAGUUAUUCAAAGAAAACAUGACGAAGAAGUUGAAAGCGAACUCCAAUGUAUAAGUGAAGUUGAUGGCAAAAAGGAAGAAGAAGUUAUCAAACUUGUGAUUAGCAAUGUUCCCGUCAUGAACGGGAAUUCUGAGCCCAAAAUUGAAAGUGCCUCAGUAAAUGUUGUAAUAGAAAAACCUGCCUUACCAAAAACAGCACCCAGACAACUUGUCAGGCCAACCCCAAGACCGCAAGAAAAACCAAAAGAAAACGUCAAAGUUGACUACACAAGAUCCAGCAGUAUUUUGAAAAAACCUCAGCCGCUCAGUGUGAACGCUUUAAAAAAGAACUUCGAAAACUUGACAUCGACUGCGCCAGUUAAAACUAACGUCAUUAAAACGAAUAAUGCCAGGCAGGUUAAAUCGGAGAUUGAAAAAACCGAAAACAAAAUAACGCAGCAAAAAAUCGAAGAGAAUGAGGUGCGAAAAAAUGUCGCUAAAGAAGUCAAGAAAGAAAAGGAAAGUCCGAAGAAACCAACCCCAAUUGAUGUUGAGGGUAAAUUUAAGACUGUUAUUUUGAAGUUGGAUGAAGGGGUGAACCUAGGCGUUUCUUUAAAUGGAGAGAAUAAAGAUAUAACGAUUCAAAGGAUACGUUAUGGUAGUGCAGCUUAUCAAGACGGCCGUUUAAAAAGAGGAGACAAAAUUAUUUCCAUUAAUGGAAGAAAUACUAAAGGACUUACCUAUGAAAACGCACAGGAAAUUUUAAAGGAACCAUUAAACGAAUUUACUAUUGUGAUAGAAGAACGUGAUAUAGCACCAGCUCCCAGCCCAUCUAGAAGACUUUCAUCUGCCCUGAAAAGUCCAGAUCUCAAAAGCCCUCCAGUAGAAACCUCUCAAAAAUCAGCGACAAAUAUAAUUACUUUAAACAAAGAUGGCGGGGCUGGACUUGGAUUUAGCAUAGAGGGGGGAAAAGACUCCCCACUAGGUGAUGUGCCAUUGUUAGUUAAAAAAAUCUUCCAAGGGGGUGCAGCUGAAAAAGGCGGCGACCUUCACGUGGGUGAUGAAAUAAUUGCAAUAAACGAAAAGAGCUUUAAAACCUGUUCUAGAAUAGAGGCAUGGAAUCUAAUGAAAAAAUUACCAGACGGAAAAGUUACAAUCCACAUACACAGAUAGUUUUAAAUGAUUAUUUUUGCCAAUUUAACCCUUAUUAUUUAUUUAUACAACUACGUAAAUAUCUUGCCCCCGUAUAUCUCCCAAUGUUAUAAAGAAUGUGUACUUAUAUUUUUUUAUUUAAUAGUUUCAUAUAAUAUGCUCUAAAUCUUUAUGCUUAUAUCGUUAUAUCGUUAUAUAUAUUUUAUCAAAAG